AUGCUCCUCCAAUGGCUGCAGUACAACUGCAACACCGAUGGCUUCUUCGGAGGCACGCCGCCCCUCGCCCAGGGGUACGGCUACGGCAUUGUGAUUGGCUUUGGCGUCUUCUUCUCCGUCAUCACCUCCUUCCUGGUGUGGCUGGACUACCGCUACGGCGGCACCAAGAAGACCUCAGAGCAGUUCAACACCGCUGGGCGCACCGUCAAGACUGGCCUGAUUGCCAACGUCAUCGUGUCGGAGUGGACAUGGGCUGCCACCCUGCUGCAGAGCUCCAACGUGGCCUGGCAGUACGGCGUGUCAGGCCCCUUCUGGUACGCCUCGGGCGCCACCAUCCAGAUCUUGUUGUUCGGCAUCCUGGCCGUAGAGAUCAAGCGCAAGGCCCCAAACGCCCACACCAUGCUGGAGAUUGUGCGUGCCCGCUGGGGCAACACCGCUCACAAGGUCUUCUUCGUCUUUGCAAUCAUCACAAACAUUAUCGUGUGCUCCAUGCUCAUCCUCGGUGGCGCGUCCGUGAUGGGGGCGCUGACGGGCAUGAACCUGUAUGCCGCCUCAAUGCUGAUCCCGGUGGGCGUCAUCAUGUACACCGCCCACGGCGGCCUCAAGGCCACGUUCAUGUCCACCUACCUCCACACCGUCGUCGUCUUCAUCGCCCUCUGCCUGUUUGCCUUUGAGAUCUACGCCAUGCCCAAAACCGGCCUGGGCUCCCCCGCCACCGUGUGGGAGCACCUGACCGACAUCGCCACGCUGGGCGGCGCGUUCAAGGGCCCCGUGGCCGACAACAAGGGCGGCUCCUACGUCACCAUGUUUUCCGAGGGCGGCUUCAUCUUUGGCAUCAUCAACAUCAUCGGCAACUUCGGCACCGUGUUUGUGGACCAGGCCUACUGGAUGGGCGCCAUCGCCUCCAAGCCCUCCUCCUCCUACAAGGGCUACAUCCUGGGCGGCCUCAUGUGGUUCUCCAUCCCCUUCACCCUCGCCACCUCCCUGGGCCUUGCCUCUGUCGCCAUGGACCUGCCCAUCACCAAGGCCGAGGCCGGGGCCGGCCUGGUGCCCCCCGCCACCGCCGUCUACAUCCUGGGCAAGGGCGGCGCGGUCUGGCUAACAAUCAUGCUGUUCAUGGCUGUCACCUCCACCGGCUCCGCCGAGCUCAUCGCCGUCUCCGCCCUCUUCUCCUACGACUUCUACCGGUGA